UGCAUUGUUCUGUACAUUUCAGGAGCCACUGUGAGCCGAAAAAAAAUAUACUGCUUACGGUGGGCUAACGAUGCGACCUAAGACAUAAUUUGAACUAUUUCCUGAUUUCUGGUACUACACGGUUUAUCCUGUUGAUAAUAACUACGGAUAAUACAUGUCUGGUUCUGGAAUACUUUUGUUUUAAUUGCUCGCCAUGGGUAAGGAUGGACAAAGGCGCAGAUGGGGAUACAGCUGGAUUGCUUUGUGCUUGAUGAUGCAUUGUGAAAAGCCUGUUUCAGCACAGAUCAGAUAUUCUAUUCCGGAGGAGGUAAAAGAGGGAUCACAAGUGGGAAAUAUUGCUAAAGAUCUCGGUCUUGAUAUCAGUUCGUUAGAGCACAGACGAUUUCGUAUUGUUUCUGGAUCUAAGGACAGCUUUUUCCAGGUAAAUCAGAACAAUGGCAUCUUGUACGUUCAUAAGAAAAUCGACCGAGAGGAGAUUUGUAAUGGAAAUGGCGCAUGUUUGCUAAACUUAAAGAUUGCAGUUGAAAAUCCACUCGAAGUUCACUAUGUUGAGGUUGAAAUAACAGAUGUUAAUGAUCACUUCCCUUCCUUCCACGAAAAAGACGUUCACGUAGAAAUUGCAGAAAAUACUGUAAAAGGCGCUCGCUUCGAUCUUCCAACCGCAAGAGAUUUAGAUGCUGGCGUUAACUCUGUUCGAUCUUAUCGCCUCGGACAAAAUGAUCAUUUUGAGUUAGAGGUAAGAGACAGCGAAGACGGUGAUAAAAGUCCUUUUCUGCUUUUGCAAAAACCCUUAGACAGGGAACGUCAAGAGAAACACGUCUUAAAAUUUACUGCCAUCGAUGGUGGAAAUCCGCCAAAAUCAGGGUCUUUAAAUAUAACUGUCUCGGUCCUCGAUGUUAACGACAACCGUCCAGUAUGCAACAGAGACACAUACACUAUUUCUUUAAAAGAAAACGAAUCUCCCGGUUUUACUGUAACAUUUGUUAAUGCAACUGACCCAGAUGAGGGCGUUAAUGGAGAAGUUGAAUAUACUUACGGUAGAAACGUGCAGCGAAAAGUAUAUGAUAUUUUUGAUCUGGACAAGGUAACAGGUGAAAUACGUGUCAAAGGUAACAUUGAUUUUGAAGAGAACGAAAUUUAUAGCUUAAACAUUAAAGCAUCAGAUAAGGGACGCCCUCCAAUGAACACUGACUGCAGAGUUGUUAUUAAGAUUAUUGAUGUCAAUGAUAAUGAACCUGAGAUUGAAGUCACGUCGCUGUCUAAUAUUGUUUCUGAAGACUCAAAUCCAGGGACAGUCAUUUCUCUUAUUAGCAUAACAGACAAAGAUUCGGGGAUUAAUGGUAAAGUUGUUUGCAGCUUGUCAAAUAAUGUACCGUUUGAGUUGAAACCAUAUGUUCAGCAGAACAUGUAUUCUCUAGUAACCAAAGAGAGUUUGGACCGGGAGGUUGCGUCCCAUUAUGACAUCACAGUAACAGCUACUGAUUUAGGCAACCCAGCUCUUUCAGCUUCAAAAUCUCUGAGCAUAGAGGUGUCCGAUGUCAAUGAUAAUACACCGCAAUUUCCCCACAGCCCUAUUGAGGUUUACCUGUUUGAAAAUAAUCCACCUGGACAGUCCAUAUUUUCUGUGAUCGCCACUGACAAAGACAAAAAUGAAAAUGCUCAUAUUACGUAUCAUAUUAUAAGAGGAGAUCAGGCACAAAGCGAUAUGACCUCAUUCCUUAACAUCAAUUCUGAAACAGGCGUAAUUAGUGCUCUCAAACGUUUUGACUUUGAAACUGUUAAAAUGUUCCAGUUUCAUGUUGUCGCUACAGACUCUGGAACUCCAUCUCUCAGUAGUAACGUGACAGUGAACGUGUUUAUUCUGGAUCAGAACGACAACGUUCCAGUGAUCUUAUAUCCAGUCAGCGCUAACGGGUCUGCUGAAGGUGUGGAAGAGAUUCCUCGUAAUGUGAACGCAGGUCAUUUGGUGACUAAAGUCAGAGCCUAUGACGCAGAUAUAGGAUACAACGGCUGGUUAUUAUUUUCACUGCAGGAAGUUAGUGACCACAGUCUCUUUGGUUUGGACCGCUAUACAGGACAGAUAAGGACCCUUCGCUCAUUCACAGAAACAGACGAGACCCAGCAUAAACUGCUCAUACUGGUCAAAGACAAUGGGAACGUUUCACUCUCAGCAACAGCGACUGUGAUUGUCAAAGUUGUGGAGCCCAAAGAGGCUUUUGCAGCUUCUGAUGUGAAAAACGUAGUAAAAGAUGAGGAGGAAAACAACGUGACAUUUUAUUUGAUCAUCACUUUGGGCUCGGUUUCAGUGCUUUUUGUCAUCAGCAUCAUCGUGUUGACUGUAAUGCAGUGCUCUAAAUCGACAGACUAUUCUUCCAAGUAUUUACAAGAUACAAAUUACGACGGGACUCUGUGUCACAGCAUCCAGUACAGAUCUGGAGACAAACGGUACAUGUUAGUUGGACCCAGAAUGAGUAUCGGCUCUACUAUAGUCCCGGGCAGUAAUGGAAAUACUCUAGUGAUCCCAGAUCGCAGGAGGAGAGAUUCUGGAGAGGUAAGACUGGCUGACUGAUUCUAAUAAAUCGUG